AUGGCACCAAUUGUUCUGAAAGGCAAAAACUACGCAUUACUCAUUGGUGGAAUCGUGGGAUUCAUUGCACUGGCAUGCUAUCCAAUCAUCGUACAUCCGAUGUUAUAUCCUGAAGAAUACAAAAAAGCACAACAAAUCAACCGGGCAGGCCUCAAACAAGAAGAAAUCCAACCAGGAAAUAUGCGGGUUUGGAGUGAUCCCUUCAAGCCGAGAGAAGAUAUUAAGCGAUAA